AUGAUUGAAGAUCGACAGAGUGGAGGCCUCUUGCUUGCUUGUAGUGGCUUCGUGAGCUGUUCGCCUUCACAAGUACAUAUUGCGUCUUACAGCCAUGUGGAAUUUCUGUGCGUUCGUCUGUACAUGCUGAAAGAACUCGUCCAGACCAUCGACAUGGCCUCUCCUGUGGCAGCGCGGCGACGGUUCCUUGAGGCAGCACAUCGACUACCGAGUUCGCGAUGCUUGUACCCGAACAGCGUGCGGAGCUAUGCCACGGAGCGGAAGACGGAGGAGCGGGAGUCAUUCAAGGGGCAACUCUACCAGGCCACACAUGAGCGGGUGCAACGCGAGCGAGAGGAGCAGUCGCGAUUUGCGCGGAGCCGUGAGGCAGCGAAAAGCAGACGAGGCAGAGCUCCGUGGGUUGUGCCUUUUGUGCUCGCAGUAGGCGCGCUCGGUGGAUGGUUCUUUGGCAAGCAGACGCCCGCUGCGCCGCCGACCACUUCCACGCUUCCACUCACGCAGACGAAGCCGCCACAGCAUGACACCGCUCCUGCAACGCUGCAGGCCGCCUGGAGCGACUUCCGCGCGAUAGUGGGCGAGGAGAACAUCUCGACGCAAGAGGGCGACCUCAAGUCACAUGCGGGCAGUGAAUGGAGUACGCACUCUGCGCUACCGGGAGAUGUGCCCUUUGCCGUUAUCAAGCCUGGMAGCACAGAACAAGUUUCGGAGAUCAUGAAGGUGUGUCACAGGCGAAGGAUUCCUGUGACGGGCUACAGUGGAGGAACAUCAUUGGAAGGGCACUUUGCGGCGACCAGAGGUGGCAUUUGUAUCGACUUUAGUCGCAUGGACAAGAUUCUCGCACUCCAUACUGAAGAUCUCGACGUUGUUGUGCAGCCUGCACUGGGUUGGGAACUUUUGAACGAAGAGCUGGCGACUCACGGCCUGUUCUUCCCUCCAGACCCUGGUCCAGGAGCCAUGAUUGGUGGAAUGGUUGGUACCGGAUGCUCUGGCACCAAUGCAUAUCGCUACGGCACCAUGAAAGAUUGGGUGUUGUCUCUAACGGUUGUCAUGGCCGACGGCACCAUUCUCAAGACCAAGCAACGUCCGCGGAAAAGCAGUGCUGGCUACGAUCUCACUCGCAUGUUCAUUGGAUCUGAAGGCACUCUUGGUCUGGUCACCGAAGCUACACUGAAGGUUACUCCUAAACCUCAAACCACCAAUGUUGCGGUCUGCACGUUUCCCACCAUCCGGACUGCAGCAGACGCUGUGUUCCGCGUUGUCGGCGCAGGAGUACCCAUUGCUGCCAUUGAGAUUCUAGACGACGUUCAGAUGCGGUGCAUCAACGAGAGCGGCUCCACAUCUCGUGCCUGGAAAGAAGCCCCAACUUUGUUCUUCAAGUUUGCCGGCACACCAAGCAGCGUUAAAGAGCACAUCAGUAUAGUUAAAGAUCUGGCGAAGAAGGCUGGAAGCAAGACUUUUGAAUUUGCACGCUCCGAAGAUGAGCAGCAAGAGCUCUGGUCUGCUCGUAAGGAGGCUCUCUGGAGUGUCAUGGCGCAAAAGAAGAAUGACGGUGACAAGGUCUGGACUACUGAUGUUGCAGUUCCCAUCUCACGCCUACCAGACAUCAUUGAAGAAACAAAAGCAGACCUCGACAGGAGUGGCUUGAUCGGUGCCAUCGUUGGCCACGUCGGCGAUGGUAACUUUCACGCCAUCAUUCUCUACAACGAGAAAGAGCACGACGUUGCCGAUGCGGUUGUGCACAAAAUGGUCAAGCGAGCCAUUGAGAUGGAGGGCACAGCGACGGGGGAGCAUGGCGUGGGGCUCGUGAAGAGAGACUAUUUGAACCACGAGAUUGGCGAGUCGGCCGUGGAUCUCAUGCGAAAGAUGAAGCUAGCAUUCGACCCACUCUGUCUAUUGAACUGUGACAAGAUUGUACGGGUACAGCAACCAAAGCCAGGUGAGGUAGCAGAAUGGUAG